GCGUUUAGGCUUCCGAACACAGCAUCCGGCCAAUCUACCGACAUCUCCUCCUGCAAACACUCAGGGUGACUUCCAUCUCGAUUGGCGGCAGCUUCUCCCGACUCCAUACCAAACUUUGGAGGACCGGUUUAUCUUGUCGUAUAUUUCUUCGCAUCUUGGAGCACUCUCAUCACAUUGGGGCAUCCUUGUAUCGAAGCCGGACUUAGGGCUACGAGGCUCAUGCCGAACAAGUCAUGGUCGAGAAGCCCCCAAAUGAACACGAAAGUUUGUCUUAAAAAGAGGGAGCUUUAUCCAUGUGGUAUCGGAAUUUCUUCACUCAUAGCUCAAAGUGUUUCAUACAAACUUUCAAGAUGCAUCUUGCCAAGCAUCUCAUUUCAUUGGCUUUCCUCCAACUUGCAUCGAGUGCCGCCGUAACGUGUAGUAACCCCCCUGUCCGCAAAGAAUGGAGAGAACUGAGCCAUCAGGAGAAGAAGGAAUACCUCGAUGCCCUUCACUGCUGGACGACUCUUGACUCCAUCUCUGGCCUGGACGGUGCCGUCAACCGCUUCGAUGAUUUUCAGGCUGCUCACUCCGACCAGACCCCAAGUAUCCACUGGGUGGGUCACUUCGCCCUCUGGCAUCGAUACUUUGUCGCUUCCUACGAGAAGGCUCCUGGGGAGGAAUGUGGAUACGCUGGUGCCCAGCCAUACUGGAACUGGUCGCUGGAUGCCUCGACGGACAUCGAGUCCACUGCCAUCUUUGAAAGUGAUAUCUCGAUGCAUGCCACGGUUUUGGUGCUGCGUCACGCUGGCGGCGGCUGCCUCAAGCGUGAUUUUAUUCCAUGGACCAUGAACACUUUCGCUCAGCAGAGCCUGGUCGACCACGUCCAGAGCCAGCUCGACUAUACCUCGUUCGCUCGUGCCCUCGAAAACAUUCCCGCUUUCACCGAGCCUAAUAUUCAUGGUAGCGGGCACUUGGUGUCGCUGGUGUUCUUGGGACAAUUGGGAACCAAUAUGAGAGUCCUGGUGACCCCCUCUUCUACCUUCACCACGGGCAACCUCGACCGCAUCCUUUCGGAAUGGCAACAGCAGGACCUCGAAACACGCCUACACCAGGUCGGCGGCCCCAUCGAGCCCAUGGACUACAGCGGCGCAAACGUUACGCUUGACUUUACUGUGAAUAUUGGUGCGCUCGCCGGAGACGCGACCCUUGAGCAGCUGCUGGACACCCGUGGUGAUGUUCUUUGCUACACGUACAACACCGCUUAAGUAUAUUAACAACGUGUCUUCAUUUCUUAGAAAUCCUUCGAGUCUUCCCGGUCUCUGCAUGACUGC